AUGGCCGGGCUCAAGGAGGGUGACCAGUUUCCUGACGACGUCGUCUUCUCAUACAUCCCUUAUACCCCCGAAUCCGCCGACAUAACCUCCUGCGGCAUCCCGCAGAACUACAAUGCAAGCAAGGAAUGGACUGAUAAGAAAGUCGUGCUCUUCGCCGUCCCCGGCGCCUUUACACCCGGUUGCUCGGUGAGACACCUGCCUGGAUACAUUCAGGCCUUGCAGGAACUCAAGGGCAAGAAAGUGGAUGUCGUGGCCGUCCUCGCCUACAAUGACGCUUUUGUGAUGAGCGCGUGGGGCAAAGCGAAUGGUAUCAAGGACGAGAUUCUCUUCCUGUCCGACCCGGAAACAAAAUUCUCCAAGUCUAUCGGCUGGACACUGGGCGAGCGCACGGCUCGAUACGCUAUCGUCAUUGACCACGGGAAGAUCGUGUACGCGGAAAAGGAACCUGGGCGGGACGUUACGCACUGGGCGUUGGAGAUCGAGCCCGGUCUGACGUGA